AUGGCCCGGAAGUCCAAGGUCUUAUCGAAAACAAAAAGCAGCGCGAGCAAGGGGAGCAAGAGAAAUGCCAACAAAGACUUCACCAAAGUGAAGAACAAGGUCGGGAAGAGCAAGAAGGCAGCAAUCAAUGAGACAAAGACCGAUUUCAAGGUGAAAAAGGUGCAGCUGCCCUCACAAAGUGCCUUGGACGAGAAGGGCGAGGAGGUUACGCACAGAAGGCAAACUCGCAUGGCACGCCCAUGUGGACGUUGCAUUUGGGCCCUGGAUGACUGGAUGGCCCUGGGGUUCUUGCCAGGCUGGGUCUUGCAGAGCUGCCCUGGCACUCGGAGCGUCUUUACUUCGUUUCUUUUGCUGCAAAAUCAUUCGUGCGACAGGGAAACAGUGACGAAGCGUCCUCGCCAAGGCUUGCCCACCUUCAGCAUCAUAGCCCCAAAGUGCGGCGCGAUGCGUGCGCUCCCCAUGCUGCAGCUUUCCCUGACCACCAUCUGA